AUGACAUCCUGGUUCAGUGACGAGACUACACGCCCAGCCUUCCAUAGUAAACCAACUCCAUUGAUCAGCUUUGGCAGGCCAUUCCCAGAAAUAUGCCUCAAGCAAGUACAGGAACGCUUCCAAUGCUCGCGAGUAUAUAUCAUAGCAUCUCGCUCGUUAUCCAAGAACACUUCAUCUCUUGAAGACCUCAAGUCAGCCCUUGGUGAUCUCAUUGCAGGCGUGCACAUCGGCAUCUCACCACAUACACCAAUCCCGGAAAUUGUCGACAUCCUCACCGAGGCCAAGCCUCUAAACAUCGACUGCAUCGUGACUCUGGGAGCUGGAAGUAUCACCGAUGGAGCCAAGCUUGUGCGUUUUGCGAUGGCUAAUGCGGCCUGGACACGCGAGGACAUUGACACCCUCUGGGGCGGCAAAUCACACAAUCCGAAGAUGCGCAAGACGUUACACAAGCCAACGAUCCCUUUGAUUUGUAUACCAACUUCGCUAUCCGGUGGCGAGUAUCAGGCCAUCGCUGGAGCGACUGACGAAGAGACCAAGGCCAAGCAUACGUUCGAGCCCAAAGUCGAUCCGGAUUUUGUUAUUCAAGACCCGCAGUUGACUACUACGACUCCGCAAAAGAUCUGGCUCAGUACCGGUAUUCGAGCUGUGGAUCAUUGCGUUGAGACUUUGUGUUCACUACAAAGCAACAAAGAUGGCGAUGAUGCUGCGGAACGUGGGCUGGAACAGUUGAUACCGGGGUUGCUACGUUGCAAACAUGACCUACAGGAUCUGGAUGCUCGCCAUCUUUGUCAGACAGGUGUUGUCGAAGCCAUGCACGCAGUGUCUACCGGAGUACCACUGGGUGCAAGCCAUGCUAUUGGGCAUCAGCUUGGUCCUUUAGAUGUUGGACACGGCGAGACAAGUUGCAUCAUGCUUCCAGCUGUAUGCAAGUUCAAUGCCAAGAAGGGAGUCAACCAAGACCAGCAGAAGCGUACACUAGAUAUCCUGGUGAAGCAACAGCCCGUAAAGUCGCUCAUGGAUGAGGUGAAGAUGACAGACAAAGAAUAUGAUUUGGCCGACAUUCUCGACUUGAUCAUCAGGGAAUUGGGCAUGCCAAGGUCAUUGAGGGACGUUGGAAUUACCUCUGAUCAUCUUCCUGGUCUUGCUGUGAAUAGCUUGAACGAUAUCUGGAUCAAGACUAAUGCUUAUGAGAUCACAAAGAAGGAGGAGGUGAUGGAGAUUCUCGAAGCUGUUAUUGGUAAUUGA